AUGCGCCUUGUCAUUUUCAUUGGUCGGUCAUAGAUUAAAAUUAAAAUAAUCUACCAAUAAUCGGGCCAUCGCUCAAGUCUCGUUCUGUGAUAAGACUUCUUAUAAAGUGGUAGUGGACUGUCUGAUGUGCAUUUAAAGUGUUACAAAAUAAAUAUACAACAUGAUUAUCAAAGAAUACCGUGUCACGCUUCCCCUAACAGUCGAAGAGUACCAAGUGGCCCAGUUGUACUGCGUGGCCGAAGUAUCCAAAAACGAAACGGGCGGCGGCGAAGGAAUUGAAGUUGUCAAAAAUGAGCCAUUUAAAGAUUACCCCCUUCUUGGUGGAAAAUUCUCAUCUGGCCAGUACACAUACAAGAUCUACCACUUGGCGUCGAAGGUGCCGGCCUUCAUCCGGCUGCUGGCGCCCAAGGGCUCCUUGGAGGUGCACGAGGAGGCCUGGAACGCGUACCCCUACUGUCGGACGGUUUUAACGAAUCCCGGCUACAUGAAGGACAAUUUCGUGAUCUGCAUAGAGUCGCUGCACGUACCAGAUGCAGGUGACCAGUACAAUGUCCACGAGCUAUCCCCUGAAAAGCUAAAGAACCGCGAAGUGGUCCACAUAGACAUCGCCAACGACCCCCUGAACGCGGCCGACUACAAGGCGGAGACCGACCCCACGAAGUUCCGCUCCAGCAAGACGGGCCGCGGCCCGCUCACCGGGCCCAACUGGAAGAACGACGUCAAGCCCGUCAUGACCUGCUACAAGCUCGUCACUGCUGAGUUCAAGUGGUUCGGCCUACAGAGUAGGGUAGAAAAUGUGAUCCAGAAAUCAGAACGGCGGUUGUUCACCAUAUUCCAUAGACAAGUGUUCUGCUCAAUGGACGACUGGUACGGCAUGACGAUGGCGGACAUCCGCGCCAUCGAGGACCGCACCAAGGAGGAGCUGGAGAAGCUGCGCCGCGAGGGCGAGGUCCGCGGCAUGCGCGCCGACAACGAGUAGGGCUAUGGAGCGGGGCAAGGGGAGGCAUACUUGAAUUAAAAAUUCACUUCGGUAUUAGACUUAAUAUAUAAAUGUUAGGCGUUCGACUAUUGGGGUUAUUUCACGCGUUGAAAACAAUAAAGUUUUGUCCAUUAUAGUGUUAAUGUAGCUCAGUUGAUUUGAGGAUUAUGAAUUGAUUGCGUGGUGAUCACGCGAGCGGACUGUCGCUCGCGUUCCCUGAGCAAUAAUGUUCCACGCUCACUGCCCAAGCUGUACUAUACCUGAGAUUGCAUCGAUAGCGUUGCCAUGGAGAAAUAUUCUCGUGUCAAAAUUAAUACCCCUAACUAUGUUAUCAAUUUCAAAUAAAAGUAUGAAUGCUAAAAUAAAUGGCGUUGUGGUAUUUUAACGAUUGAAUUGCGUGCGAACUGUGUUACUUUAUUUUUCUACAUACACAUGUUUUAAAAAUCAACUUAUGCCACAGUUUAAACUAUUAACACAUUUAUUUUUAGCGUACUUACCUGUAUCUGCAAUUGACACGCAUCAGAUUAUUUUCUACAUGGCAACACUUAGUCAAACAACUGCUGGCAGUUGUAACAAUGUGGGAAUAGUUAUUUAACAACCUCCACGCCCUUCUGUAACGUUAUGCUUUAUCUACAACAUAUGUAUGACAUAAUAGAUAUGUACUCAUGACCCAUUGCGCAUCACGUUUGCGAUCUCAGAUCAAGCGAGGGCAUAGAUUAUUACCAUUAGAAAAAUGAUAUAAUAUGGUAUAGAUAAUAUUUAAUAACUAAUAAGUCGAUGUAGUCAGUGGUUAACAGGUAGUGUUGUCGUUACCUAAAUAAUUAAUAAAAAAUAUAAUAAAUAUAAUUCGAUUUGACAACUACAUUGCAGCAAGACCGGUGUAACAACGGCCAGAGGUUUAUAUUGUUCUGUUAGGCCGGGGCCGCGCGCCUUCGGGCCCGUCUGUUGUGUAUUUAUAUUAUAAACUAAUAUAUUACUCUGCGCAAUUGUACCACGUUAGUUCUGGCACGUAAUAAAUUAUCGGUGCAAUAUAUUUUUAACAAUGGCAACCCUUUGGUGUCUGGGGUAUCGUGGGGGUGUUGCAAGGUGAAUGAUAUUAUGGUGCGGUGUCUAUGGGAUUAUUAUUAUAUAGCGGUGACCUCGUUAACUUAUUUAUUGGGAACGGGUUCAGGUUGCAACACCCUCGGCUAGUGAAUUUUCAAAUAUAUUUUUAUGAAUAAGUUUUUUGUUGUUUAACAAAUCAGUAUUUUUAAUAAUUGUGUGACAUUCCAGUUUCUACCGACGGUGACGUUAAUAUCGUUUGCUACUUAAUCUUUGUUCGCUCUCUUGUGUUUCACGCAAUAUAUGGAAUCAGUGGUAAUGAAACAAUUAAAUCAGUACAAUAUUAAAUUUUAUGUGGAUUCUCAGUUUAAUAUGGAUGUAUGUUCCUUUAACCGUAACUCGUUGUGGCGUCUGCCGCCGCGCCCGCGCCCGGCGUCACGCCGACGUGACGCUCGUGUGACGUCAGCGUGACGCUCGCGUGACGUCAGCGUGACGCUCGCGUGACGUCAGCGUGACGCCGGCGUGACGGACGCGCGGCGCGAGGCUUAAUAUUGCACUUUCUUUUUUACUUUAAGUUUUUUUACUUAUGUUGUAAUAAGUUUUACAUCAAAUACAGCGUGAUAUAUUUGCGAGUAGUGUUUUUUUUUUGUAGAAAUAGUAAAUUGUUGGCUACCCGCUUUUAGCUUCGCCUAGUGCUUCAGUUGAACUAGAGUACUUAACUGUCCUGUAACCUGUAACUUCCAUACGAUAACUUGACCGGCGCGUAGUGUACGGUGGCUCGGAGGUCCUGUAAUAUAUAUGAAGCUUUGCUUUGAUGUUGUUAAAGCUUAUUUGUUGCAGUUACCAAAUAAAGUUAAGUACACAAACA